GUUACCACUGUCUAUCUUGUACUCCUUCCGUUUCGUAAAACCCUUCUCCUUUCAUUUUUCUCCAAUUCCUUAAAAUACUUCCACUUUCUAUUAAAAAACCACUUUUAUUCAAAAUAUUAUUUUAUAGAAUUAAUAUACUGUGCAAAUUUAUGAUCGAACUGAAUUUGCAGAAAUGGAUUGAAGAAAUGGCUGCCUUCGUGAAAAGCAUCGAUAACAAACACCUUCUGGAAAUUGGACUCGAAGGCUUUUAUGGCAAGGCAAAUGACGCAAGAAAUCAAGGAUUAGCAUUUCAGUUGAGUGGAAGAGACGAUGCAGCUCAACUGUCCUUCAUGGGAAAUUGGAUCAACACCCACAUUUAUGAUGCACAGAAGAUCCUCAAGAAGCCCGUGGUCGUAGCAGAGUUCGGGAUGAACAGUUCGGACCCCGGGUUCAGCGUCCACAAGAGGGACGUGUUAUUUGCCACCGUUUACUCGGCCAUUUCCGGCUCGGCGAAGGGCGGCGGGGCGGCGUCCGGCGGGUUGUUCUGGCAGCUGUUUACGGAGGGCAUGCGCUCGUUCAACGAUGGGUACGAGGUCAUCUUGAGCGAGAGCGCCACGACGGCCGAGGUCAUCCGACAACAGUCAGAAAUCAUGGGCCAACUUAGUGAAAUGCAUGCCAGGGUGAAGAAGAUGGAAGAGGAGCUAGGAAUGGAAAACAACAAUACUUUGAGUGUGAAAACCAUCAAAGGGCAUAAUAACCAUAAUGGAAUGGUGAGGAUCAACGGCACGCAGUUGAUGUUGAACGGAAUCCCGUUCAAAGUUAAUGGUUUCAAAGCUUACUGGCCGUUGUUUGCCGCGGCUGAGCCUUCCCAGAGAUCCAAUGUCGGCGCCGUUUUUGACCAGGCGAGGAACCACGGUCUAAACGUGUUAAGGACUCUGGCUUUCGGGGAAGGGGGGAAGAACCACCCCCCGCUCCAGAUCGAACCAGGGCAUUACAAUCGGACCAUGUUAGAGGCGCUGGAUUAUGUCGUUUCGGCUGCCGGGGAGAAGGGUAUGAAGGUCAUUUUAAGCUUGGCGGACAAUUGGAAGGACUAUGGGGGAAUGGAAAAGUACGUGGAAUGGGUACAUGGUGGUGAAAAGAAUUUGAGCGCCGAGCUUUUCUUCAGUGAUUAUAAAGUCAAAGAACACUUCAAGAAUCAUGUUCAGGCUAUUCUUACGAGGAACAACAGCAUAAGUGGGGUGAUGUACAAGGAUGACCCAACAAUUAUGGCUUGGGAGCUCAUUAAUGAACCCAGAUGUAAAUCAGAUUUAUCAGGAAACACUCUCCAAAAAUGGAUUGAAGAAAUGGCUAACUUCACCAAAACCAUUGAUGAGAACCAUCUUCUGGAAAUUGGACUUGAAGGCUUUUAUGGCCAGCAAAACCCCAAGAAAAAUCUGGGAUCCAACAACGGAUUUCAUCAAUUCGGGACAGACUUCAUUCGAAAUAAUCAGAUCCCGGGAAUCGAUUUUGCAACUGUUCACGCAUAUCCCGACGCAUGGUUAGGUAACAAGACGAGUGAGGAAGAACAACUCUCGUUUCUGAAGACAUGGAUGGACAGCCACUUUGAGGACGCAAACGAGAUUAUCAAGAAGCCUAUACUUGUAGCAGAGUUUGGGAAGAGCAGUAAAGAUGCAGGAUUCACCGUCGAAAAGAGGGACAAAGUAUUUACCACCGUUUACUUGGCCAUUUCCAACUCCACAAGGGUAGGGGGCGCGGCUGCCGGUGGGUUAUUCUGGCAACUGUCGAUAGAAGGCAUGGAUGCCUUCUAUGACGGGUAUCAUGUCAUCUUAAACCAGAGCCCCUCGACAGCCGAGGUCAUCAAACAUCAAUCGAGCGUGAUGCCCCUCGACAGCCGAGGUCAUCAAACAUCAAUCGAGCGUGAUGGGCACUCUUUAGAUGAUGAAGUGAAUGGCAUGGGUUGCCAUGGGUUAUGGCGGUCAUAACGCAUUUUAGUUAAAAGCGUCGUGUGUACUACUAAUAAGUUUCGUUCUGGGUUUUCUACGGUUCUUUCCCAGAUCGUAAAAAUGAGAGUCGAACCGGAUAGAGUUAUCAGAUAAAUUCAAAUGCUUAUCAAACAUGUAUCUUAAUGAAACUAUCAAAGAAUU